GGAAGAUAGAUAGAAGGGCAGGUAGGUAGAGGGGCAGGGAGAGGGGGUAGGUAGACUGGUAGGAGACGGGUAUUUACCAUGACAACAAUGACUUCUGUCUCGCUCUCUCUCUACUCUACUGUUCCUAUUAUGGAUUCUGUUCUGCUACCUCUCUCUCUCCAGGUGGUUUUCCAGAUCCCUUGUGAAACUGAUAUGAACAAUUUAAUUGCAAAUCUCAUCGUGGAAACAAACGACAAACUAGUCAAUGAAAGGUAUUUGUGUUAAUUUGCUGAUCCCAACCUAGAGCAUCGACAUGAGCUUCAGAUGUGUGUAUGUAUGCAUGUGAUGUGUGUGUGUGUGUGUGUGUGUGUGUGUGUAUAUAUAUCCUUAAUGAAGUCUCUCCUACAGGUCUAUAUAUUUUCCAAAACCAUACCAAUUUCAAACGAGAUUUAAGUUCAUAAGGUCCAAAAUGGUUCCAAGAAGAUUCCAGGGAUUGCGUAAGCUUGCCACAACCACGUCUGGCCAAUCAGCUUUUCCACACCCAUCAGCGCCUGGCCAAUUAGCUGCCCCUCUCCGGACCUACGCCCCGCCCCCUGCUGCCCCUGCGGAACUCUGCGCCUCAGCCCACGACCAGGACUGGCCCCCGGGCUCCGGCCCCCAGCCUCCAGCCCUGAGUCAGGAGAUGUACCGCUUCUUUGCUACGGCCAUCCACCAGCAUCGCCAGGCCAGAGUUGGACAGGAAGUGGGCCGAGGUGGACAGGAAGUAGGCCGAGGUGGACAGGAAGUGGGCCGAGGUGGACAGGAAGUGGGCCGAGGUGGACAGGAAGUGGGCCGAGGUGGACGGGAAGUGGGCCGAGGUGGACGGGAAGUGGGCCGAGGUGGACGGGAAGUGGGCCGAGGUGGACGGGAAGUGGGCCGAGGUGGACGGGAAGUGGGCCGAGGUGGACAGGAAGUGGGCCGAGGUGGACGGAAAGCGAGCCAGGAGAAAGUGACCGCCUCGGGGGAGGGCCGUUCUUUGUCCCAGCAUGUUGGGAGGAGGCAGAUCCCUCCUCUGUCCUCCUCCUCCAGCACCUCCUCUCCUCUCUCCCGGAGGAGCAGGGCCGACGGGAGCCCGCCACCCAAGAGAGAGCGGCGUGGGCAGAAGGAGACCAUGGAGAGUAAAGGUGUCUCUGAGGCCCUGAUAGAGGACCCACCUGGACUACAGGAGGAGGGGUUUAAGCCUGGCAAAUUCAUCGUCAUAGACGAGGUCGGUGACGAGGUGGAGCCCAUUGUUAUCCUCUCCUACCACUCUGAGGCCUGUGACUCUCAGACCAGACCCUCACACAUAACCAAGGAGAAGGAGGUGCCAUCAGACCAGCAGGUCUUGGAGGAGGUCCCUCGCACCUCCUCCUACUCCUCCUCUACCUCCAGAGGAGUCGAGUCCAACACCUCAACGACAGCCCACUCCUCAUCCUUGUCUGGAGCCACAGCGUCCUCAUCUUCUUCCUCUUCUCUCCCUCCUCCUCCGGCCGGAGUAGUCCCUUCCUCUUCUGAGCAGAACACACAACAGAUUAAGUGUGAAGAAUCUCCUGCCCAGGUGUCUGAAGAUGAUGAGCCUAACAGCCAGGAAGCGACAAGCAUGACUACCACGGCCGAGGUGGAUUCUCUUCCUGCUUGUAAACCAAUCACAAAGGACGGGUCACAGAGGGAAGCAGCCAUGGUAUGUGAAGUUGACAUGGCGAGGUUUGGCCAAAUGUUAGCAGCAGAGACCUCUGCAGCGAAAAGUGCAGCAUCACUGACAGGAAAGGAGGCCUUACACACUGAUCGACGUCUGGAGGAAGAGGGGAAGAGAAAGGCCCAGCAAGAGUUAACCGUCGCAGGAAAGGAUGUGGUCGUCUCUCCCAGCGAAGACAUGAAGGAGAACAGAGUAGAGGUGGAUGAAACACAAGAGCAGCUGGGUGAUGAAAAGACAAGCGACCAGAUGCUCCGUUCGAGGCCAGAGUGUGGCGAGGAGACGCCUCACCAAACCCCGGUCCAGCCUGAGACACCAGGCCUCCCUGACCCUGAGAGCCAGACCUCUGAACCCCAAGAGGAGGCAAUGUUGGCCAAAGUCGCUGAUGAAGCUGAGCCAUUCCAGGAGGUCCUCCUGGAAGAGGAGAAGGAGGCAAUUGUAGAAGAACAAACCCCAACGGUAGUUUCGGAGGCAGCUGACUCUUUACUCAACGGUGCAUCGACAGAGGAAGGAGACACCCACCAGCUCAUGGACUGUGUUGAGGGAUCUCCUCCCAAAGAGGAGCAGGAGAACAGCAAGGACCCCACAGAGGAGGAGCUGACCAACAAGAGGCCCGCUGUAGCGGAGGGGGCGUCUGAAAUGGAACAGCGACGAUCUAAGAGAGGUAAACCCAGUCGCCCCAGUCCAGCGAUCAAGCCGCUGUCCACCAGGCACUCCACACCCCCCAGGAAGAGGGAAAGCCCUGCGGAGGACCCAGUCGUGGACUCUGAAAUGCAGGAGCCACACGAUGACAAGCAGCCUGCUGCUGGAAAGAGAAGGAGUGGACGAGGGAGGAAAGAGGAGGUGCCGGUGUCUGGGACAUCCAAAAUGGCCGCCAAAGAAGGUCAACAGAGGGUGAAGGACAAUGAGGAGGAGGUGUACCAGGUGGUCGACUCCAUCGAAGAAAAUCACCAAGAGGAGGCCCACGUCAACUCCUUAGGUCCAGCGAGGAGGAGCAGUCUGGCAAAGACCAGAGCCGCCAGAACGUGUUCUAAAGCAUCCAAGGGGGAGGAGCCACAGUACCAGGUGGGGAACUCUAAGGGGGAGCAGGAGGAACAGAUGCAAGUCGAGGAACAGCUUUCAGAGGAGCCUUUAAGAGGGAAGAGAGGUCGUAAGGUCACAGGCAGCGAUGCCAAGACAGAACAUGAAGCAACAAAGAAGAGAAGAACCACGGAGCAAACACCCACACCCCUUCCGGAUAACCAAUCAGAGGCUAGGUUGGAUUCUGAGUCUGUUGUGUCUCAGGAGCAGAUGGUCUAUGACGAAGAGAAAGAUUCAUCCUCCAUCAUCGGUGAACGUAAACAAAGCGAGGGGCAAGCAGGUGGGUCGUCCAGCAAAGCGAGGAGGAAGGAGCGAGGGGCGGAGCCUAAGACAGUUCGCUCUCUCGCUUCCUCUGUUGCCAACGACUACACCCUGCCCCCCUUCACCCCCUACAACCCCCUGGGGAUGGAGCACGUGGUUCCUAAGGCUGGGUUCUACUGUAAUCUGUGUUCUGUGUUCUACGAAGACGAGACCAGAGCCAGGACACUCCACUGCAGCAGCUUGGGUCACUACCACAACCUGAAGGUGUUUUACAAGAAACUAAAAGAGGAACAAUCAAGGAGCCAAUCAGGAGACUCCGCUCCUGGCCACUCCCCUGGAUGAUGCUAGCCCCGCCUACCUGCUCACGACAAUCUUUUCAGCUGUUUCAGAGGUCUAUACUUCCCCGGUCGUUAUGAGACUGUGUUUACGUUUAAUUGGAAGAUGGCAUUGGUUUUACUGGUUUUCUAUUCUUUCUUCACGUGUCUGAACUGAUUGGGGCUGCUUUCUUAAAGUGAUGUCCUUACUGUUUCCAGUUAGGACAUCACUUACUGGAAAUGUGAGCUCUCAUCUGGACUUGAUAUUUGGAAUAUAUUUAAUUUAUAACUCAAUGUAUCAUCUGUAUAAUAUGUUUAUAUGUCUUUAUGUAACCAGUUUGAUACUUAACAGUUAAUAAAAAAGUUUUUUUUAUAA